UGUACCCGUGCAUGGACAGACAUCUGGGAGAGCCACAUAAAUUCAAGAGAGAAUGGUCCAGUGUAAUGCGAUGUGUGGCAGUCUUUGUGGGAAUAAAUCAUGCCAGCGCUAAAGUGGACUUUGCCAACAACAUCCAAUUGUCUCUCACGUUAGCAGCCUUGUCGAUUGGGCUGUGGUGGAUGUUUGAUAGAUCACGAAGUGGUUUUAGUCUUGGAGUAGGAAUUGCUUUCCUGGCUACAUUGGUGUCACAGCUUCUGGUCUACAAUGGAGUGUAUCAUAUGAAUGCAAAGUCAUUGCAGAGAAGUCUCAUGAGGACUGAGGAGAAACAAUAUGCACCUUUUAAACAGGAAAAUAUCUGACAAAUGACUGUUGGAAGAGCAUAUGGAACACUUGACUAUAAAAUUGCCAAAAUGCAAUUUUUUUUCCCCCUUGAGUGGUGUACUUUACUGCAAUCUGUGAUUGCUGCUUCUUUAGAAACCUUCCUGUCUGAUUUUGAUUACUGUGAAGUUACAAUAGUAUGCAAUAAAUUUGACAAUAUAGGUUCAAUUAUAGGAUUCUCUUUUCCAAAUCUAAACUGCUUUUACCAUAAAUUCUUGACUGUCCAUAAUGUUGCAGUGCCAAACUGAAUCUUUGCACUACAUUUCUGUAGCUGAAACUCCUGCUUCACUUUAACUUGAAAGUUUUGAGGAAUUUGUUCUUAAUAGCUCAGUGAAAGAAAGAUUCAACUCUAAGAAUGAAAAUCUUUCCACGAUGAUAGCUUAUAGUAUCUUUAUGAAAGUCAUGGAUUGCAGGUGAGCUUUGAUGCAACUGUUUCUAUCUGUUAACACCCUGUAUGAUUCUUCUUGCAUCACAGGUGAGGAAACUUCAGUUAAAUUGUAUGGGCUAUUGUCAUAGUGUUUCAUUUGUCUGUGGUACCUGCCCAGUAUCACAGAACACAGAAAUGGAAACUAAGGCUGGAAAUCUACUAUUUUUUCCCCUACUAUAAGCAGUAUACAUGUUUAUGUAUGAGUUUAUGUGGGCCAUCAUCAGAUGUGGACAGAUGCUGAAAUAAUUUGUUGUGUUGAGUAACAGAAUGUAAUUUGGGUCAUUCUUGUACAGUCCCUUAAGCUGACUUGUGCUGAUCCCUUAUAAAAAACAUCUUGGGGAGUUUUAUUGUGAAACUUAAUUCUACUGAACUAAAUCAGCCACUACCAUAUUGUGUCAUAAAAUCCUCCGUUACCAAUUUUACUCUUGAUAGUUCUUGUCUACUGCUUGCUCUGUUCACAGGGAUCAGCAGA